CGCGAGCGUAGUGGAGGGGAGGCGCGGGCCCUUUGCAACUUGGACGGCAAUGCCUGAUAAGUGUACGAAAUGACGUUCCUGCUUUUCUGCAAGUAUUGGAAGGUAGAAUUAAGAUUGCAAGAAAAGCACCCAGAACAGAGGAUGAUUAUCCGGAAAACGAAUGAUGACAUUGUAUUCAGAGCGGAUGAUGGAACUGAAUACAAAAUAGAUUCGGCUGAAAUAACAAAUGAAGAGCAUAGGGUCGUCUCCAAGGUCUUAGACCUAGCUAAUAGCAUAGGUGAGACAUUGACCAUACUACCAGGUCCCCAAAACCAGCAGGUCGAAUCGAACGAAUCAACUGGACCAACGAAUGUCGGAUGUAAUAAAAAGUCGAAUGAUCAAACGAAUGAGAGGACGUUUACGGAGGUUGCAACCCAAACGAAAGAUCAUGACUUAGACGAUACACGCAAAUGUCAAAUAUCUAUAACCGAAGAUUAUCUCACUGAUCUAACUAAGAUCUUUGAGAAGAUGAACGAGCAAAUGACCAGGAUGAUACAGAGGUCAGAAGAGAAUGCUAAUAAAAUGAAAACAAAAACGGAGUCCGAAUUGAAUAAAAUUGCAACGGAAAUAAAAACGAUAAGGGAUGAUAUGGAUGCUGUAAUUAACAGAAUUAGAUGUGUCGAAGAGAUGGAUGGCAUGAGUUGUACUGAUGAGUCGGAACUGGCUGAGGAACCUCAGAUUGCGCCUGAAGACAGGAACGCUAAUAUGUCAGAGGCGGUUAGAAAGGAGCUUUUAAAUUUAGGAGUGCUUAACGGAAGCAAUACUAUUACGAAUAUGAUCAACGAACGUCCGCGGAAUGAGACGAUUAAAUUCGAAAUAGUCAAUAGAGAUUCCGGGAUAAAACGAGAUUACAAAUUAACAGAACGCAUGAAGUUUGAACACUUCAUGGAUUAUUUUACGUCUGAACUUAGAUCUCAUAAUUUGUUAUACGUGAUAGAUUCAAAUGUACAAUUGUCUAAGGAACUGACUAAUGAACUUAGAGAAAAGCAAAAGUUUAAAGUUCGAGACAUUCUAAUAAAUCAUUUAGAUUCGCGAUACCAUUUGAAAGUAAUUAAUAUUAAAAAUCCCGUAGAGUUGCUUAAUAAAAUUAAAGAAUUGAAACGGUGUGAAACCAAUUUAACGUCGGUGACUAUACACAAACAGUUAUACAAUAUGACUUACAAUCCCAAUAAGGAAAAGGAUGCGGAAUUUUGGGACAGAUUUGAGGAUGUCGUGCGCAAUUAUGAGAACUUGUCCGGUAUCGUCCCUCUGUCAGAUGUUGAAAAACGUGACGCAUUUUAUAACUCGAUUAUGUCAGCUAUCUCUCAGGUUCAGUCGGUUGAGUUUCUGACUCAAAGUACGACAGGUAAAGGACUAACGUACGAGCAAUUAAAGUCCUACUUUAUUCAGUUUGAGGCAAACCGAACGGCAACAACUGCUUCAUCGACAACGAACGCGACAAACACGACAAGUGCGAUGAAUGCCAGACCUCGAAAACUGAGGAAGAAGUGUUAAGAAUGUGACGACUUCGACCAUGUUUCAACUGAUUGUCCGAGAAAGGGCACAGGCCUUCGGAGGUGCUACGAGUGUGGCGAGUUUGUUACACACGUGGCUCGCGAGUGUCCGAAGCGCCUAGCCAGAGGACGGUAUGGUCUCGGCAAAUCAUCUAAAUCUUUUCGUGGCGGUAAAACUGCUGCGCGUACGCAUAGAAAUUUUAAACGUAAGAACAAUGAUUCGGCUGAUAAUACGGAUGCGAAACGACAAAAACCUAACAAUAAACAAAGUAAUAAAGGUCGUGGGACUAAAAAUAACGUUAAAUCUCAAUCGAAUUCCGACAACCAGACGAAUGAUAAAGGAGAAUCUAAAUGAUUUACGAAUGUCGAGUAUAGCGAAUGAUACCUUUCUACUUACUUUAGUAUGUUUGCAAUCUUAGUAAUCUCUGUUUUUGAAGUUAACAAAACGACAUUGUGGUCGGGAGGGAGUGUUGGAUUAAUGCUGUUUUGAAAUACGCGCCCACAACGCGUUUUCUGCUGCGUGCUUGGCCCUACUCCCCCGCCCUUUGCGCUGCGCUUAUGCGCAGGCCACGCGCGUGCUAGCGCGCACUUGAGCGGCGUCAUCCUUAGAGUGAGGACGAACUUCUCUAGAACUUUCUUUGUUUUCUUAUUGUGAAACUAUAACUCGAGCAACCGUAUGUUAACGUGUGUUAUAUAUAAUAAAAGUCUUUUUAGUA